GUUAAGCAGUAACUCAGGAGGCGGCUGCCGGUGCGCCAUGGGCGCAGGGCGCCGGGGGGCCAGGCAGCGCGGGGCACGCGCAGGCGGAACUUAAACAAACCAUAAAGCCCCGGGGCUGGCGCCGCACGGCUGUGCCCUGCCACAGGCGCGGGCACACGGAGCUGCCGCAGGACAGGUGCUUCCCGGGCAGGAGCGGCAGGUGGCUGAUUUUUUUCCCCUGCGUUUCCUGCUCCGAAGCAAGGCCGGCCCUGCGAUGGAGCUGGGCAACGUGGUGCAGCCAGCGUACGGCCCGGGGCCCGAGGCGCCGCCGAGCAGCACGCCGGGCCUCGUGGGCAUGGUGCACGGCUUCCUGCGCCUGGUGCAGCCCAACGCCCUGCCCACAGAGCUGAUCUCGGAGCUGGCGCAGCCCCAGAGCCAGGAGUCCGGCAGGGAGCAGGUCCGGGAGCUGCUGCACUAUGAACUGGGAUUCUUGGUCUGCGCGGCCAUCGGCCUCCUCUUCAUCCUCCUGGUGCCCCUCGUAGGAUGCUGCUUUUGCUGCUGCCGCUGCUGUGGGCGCUGCGGUGGCCGCAUGCACCAGGAGCAGGGCCGGCGCGUGGGCUGCCGCCGGCGGGCUCUCUGGGGCGGCAUGCUGCUGCUCUCGGCCCUCCUGCUGGCCGGUGACGUCUGCGCCUUCGUCAGCAACACCCGCCUGCGGCAGGCCGUGAGCGGUGCCUUCCCCAACGCCAAUGCCACCGCGCGCGACCUCCGCACCUACCUGGCCUCCAUCCCCGAGCAAAUCAACUUCAUUGCAGCCAGCAGCGAGGUCCCGCUGGGCCAUGCCAAUGCCAGCCUCCAGGGCAUCGGGUCCAGCCUGGGAGGCAGGAUCGUCGCCAGCAUCGGGAGGAGCGUGCACGAGGCAGUGGGGUCCCUCCAGAGCCUGCUGGCAGCGAUGGAUACACUGGCCGCUGCCUUUGGCAGCAUCAACGGCACCAGCUGGCACCUCCGGGAGCUGCAGAGCAACUACAGCCAGCGGCUGGCCGACCUGCGGGCCCGCAUCAACCGCACCCUGCAGCACUGCGGCCCCCCCUGCGGCAACGUGUCCCUGCACGGCCUCGCCUUCAAGGCCAACUUCAGCGAGAUCCCCAGUGUGGACCAGCAGCUGAAGGCCCUGAAUGACGUGUCCAACUCCAACCUGGCGGCCACUUUGGACAAGGUUAACCACACGCUGAACGAGACCCCAGACAAGGUGCAGGAGCAGUCCCGCAACGUGGUGACAAAGGCCCAGGACCAGCUGGGUCAGAUCCGGCAGGCGAUCGGCAGCAUGCCCAAGAGCUUCCCGGUGGAGAGCUUGGAGGACAGCGGUGUGGCCUUUCUGGACAACGCCACGUCCACACUGGAGGAAUACAGAAUGCCGGUGACCUCCUUCGAGAGGCUCAGGUGGAGCGCGUGUGCCCUCCUGUGCUGCCUGGUGCUGCUGGUGGUCGUCUGCAACGUGCUCGGGCUGCUGCUGGGGCCCCUGGGCCUGGAGGCGGCCGCGCCGCCCACGGAGCGGGGCUGCCUCUCCAACGCCGGCGGCAACUUCUUCAUGGCAGGGGUUGGCUUCAGCUUCCUCUUCUCCUGGCUGCUGAUGCUGGUGGUGCUGGUCCCCUUCGUGGUUGGGGGGAACAUCUACAUGCUCUUCUGCCAGUCCCUGCACAACCAGCAGCUCUUCGAGCUCCUGGAUACCCCCGGCCUGAUCCCUGGCUUCAACUUGUCGCAGGUGCUGGGCGAGGGCAGCACAAACAUCUCAGAGCUGUACAGGCAGUGCCGGGACAACGCUGCCCUGUGGCAAGCGCUGCACCUCGACCAGAGGGUCUCCCUGGACGAGCUCUUGAACAUCAGCCAGUACACCGCAAAGAUCUCCGCGGCCUUCGAGAAGGUGAACAUCACCCUGAGCCCCAUCUCCCUGCUCAACCAGAGCCAGAAGGACCUGCUGCUGGAGGCCAGCCAACUGGGGCAGCCGCCCAACUUCACCCACAGCCUGGCACAGCUGGAUCAGGACAUGACCCAUGGAAGCCUCCAGGAUCUGGCCGCAGAGCUGGAGCUGCUGGCAGAGAAAGCGGGUAUGGGUGCAGAACAGGACCUGAAGGACGAAGCCGGAGAGCUGAGGGAGCUGGACAGGGAGAUGAACGCGAGCUUGUCCGGGCUGAUGCAAAGCCUGAAGGAGGACAUCUACUUCGUGGAGCGCCGGGCCGGCGGGCUGCAGGCGCAGACCAACGCGACGGUGCGGGAAGCGGAGCAAGCGCAGGCCUCCCUGGCGAGACAGACGGCAAGCAUCAUCAAGAACGAGACGCUGGCCUUCCUGCAGCAGCUGCUGGGCUUCUUCGAGACCUACAUCGCCUGGGCCAAGAGCAGCCUGACGAGAGAGGUGGGGCGUUGCAAGCCCGUGGCUCGGACCGUGGACAGCGUGGAGGCCGUGGCCUGCGACUACAUCCUGGACUCCGUGAACACCUUCUGGUUCAGCCUGGGCUGGUGCACCUUCCUCCUGCUGCCCAGCAUCGUCCUCGCCGUGCGCCUCGCCAAGUUUUACCGCCGGAUGGACAUCGCCGACGUCUAUGAGAGCGAAGUCCUGGAGAUGGCACCCGCGCUGAACUCCUUCCAAAUCCCCCGGGUGGCUGCGAGGAAGUAGCCCCCGUCGCCCGCGGUGUGGGCACAAAGGAGAGCGGGUGGCCCUGGCUGGCUGGACGUGACUGCUCCUUCUGCUGCACCCUCUCCCCUGGGUGCGGGGGAGCAGGCUGGGACCCCCAGCCGAAACCCCCUCCCCAUUUCCCAGUAGGUGACAGCACGCUGUGGCCGGGUGACAGGUCGGUGGCCCAUGCUGGUGCUCCCUCAGCACCCCGGGGCGUGCACAAGCACAACGCCCGGGUGUGUGCACAGCGGGGAGCUGUGCUGGGACGGCAGCCCUCACUGCCAGCCCCCCGCCAGCCCGCGUGCUGCCCGUGCCACUGCGGCAGCCUGCUUCCUCAGGCCCCUUGCUCUGCAGGUGAUGUGACUAUUUAUUUCUGAGUGGAGCCUGGCUCUUUCCAAUGCUGUGAUUUUUUUUUUUUUUGGUGUCAGAAAAUAAAUGGUGCGUGCAUGUGUGUGUGCAGGAGGAGCACGACGGCUCUUCUGGGUGCACUCUUGCUUCA